CAGUCCCAAGGCUGCAGAAAGGAUGACUUUCUCCUUUACAUAAUCAAUUUGUUGCUUAGGUUCCUCCAGGUGAAAUGACACCAGCAUAGGGGUGCAAUAACCGCUUUUCAGAUAGAUGCUCAGGCACCUCUGUUGGUGCAGCUAGGCUGGGGGAAAGGGUUGCAUGGGCCCUUCCUCCACCACGGUUCAAAACACAAUGUCUAUUUGUGACUUUCUUUCCAGAGAGAACUUCAACUGCCUGACGGUAGGGUACGUGGUUAGGUCAUUGUACUGUCACAGUCUUGUUUUGGGGAUGACAAAUUCGGAACACAAUAACUUGGUGCAUGUAAAAGUUGUCACGUGCCACUAAUAAGUAUUCAUCGCAUUGAAAUUCACCCUGCCAUGUGUGUUCCCCCAACAGUGGACAUGGCUGGACUGUUACAAGAAGCAAGCCAAUGCCCCAUCUGCUCAGCCUAUCUUGAAAAGCCAAUAUACAUGGAAUGUGGAUGCAUCUUCUGCCUUAACUGCAUCUAUUCACUGCAGAUAGAGCCACAUGGGGAGGAUUUAGUUUGCUAUUUGUGCCCCAUGAUCUCUCAGAAAAACAACCUCAGGCCCAACUGGCAGCUGGGAAAGCUGGUUUCCAAGAUCAAGGAGCUGGAGCCCCAUCUGACAACUAUUCUACAGAUGAACCCAAGGAUGCAGAAAUUCCAAGUGGAUGUGACCUUGGAUAUUGACACAGCCAACAAGUUCCUCCUCAUUUCUGAUGAUCUCAGGAGUGUCCGCUGUGUGUGCAUCACACAGAGUCGACAGGACCUUGCUGAGAGAUUGCAGUUGCCACUUUGUGUCCUGGGUACCCCUCACUUCACUUCUGGCUGCCAUUACUGGCAGGUGGAUGUGGGAAUGAGCACACAAUGGGACCUGGGAGUUUGUAAAGAAUCUGUUCACUGGAAAGGAAAGAUCCAACUGACUACAGAUCUUGGAUUCUGGACUGUGAGUCUGAAGGCUGGAGGCUACUCAUUUGCCAACACAAUGCCUCAGACUGCCCUCUGCUCAGAUACCAAGGUACAGAGAUUGGGGAUUUUUCUGGAUAUGGAUAUGGGCAGUAUUUCCUUUUUUGAUGUAGACAAUGGAUCCCACAUCUUUACGUUCACCAAAGUUUUUGCUGAGGAGCCACUGUGCCCAUUUUUUGCUCCUUCAAUUCCACCUAAUGGUGAUCAGGGUUUCCUGAGAAUCUGUCCUGUGAUGAGCCAAGUCACUGCUGAUCCUCUAGCCCAUCCUGGGGAGCAUGAAUAGACCCCCAUGGCAAAGAAAU